GAUAUGGAAGAAUCUUUCGACUUUGUUAUCGUCGGUGCAAGUCCAGCAGGAACUGUUUUGGCCAACAGAUUGACAGAAGAAGGUAGAUUUAAAGUGUUACUUCUCGAAGCAGGCAAAUACGCUAAUAAUAGUGGUUUCACCCAAUUCCCUAGAUUCUUUGCUCUACAUCCAUAUUCCGAUUACGGCUGGGGAUAUACAAGUGUUAAACAAUCCACAGCAUGUUUAGGUACCGCCAAAAAAUCUUGCAAGUACUACAGCGGUAAAGGUGUAGGAGGUAACAGUCUUAUCCAACCACCACUUUACAGUCGUGGCCAUCCAGAAAACUUCAACUGUAUAGCAAGAACUGUGAGAGAUGCAUCAUGGAACUACAAGGAUCUUCUCAAAUACUUUAAGAAACUCGAAAAACUCACCAGAGUAGCUGAAAAGGCUCCAAUCGAUUCCGAAGUUCAUGGCUAUUCAGGUUUGAUACAUACCCAGAACCGCAUUCCCGGAGGUUAUUUCCUUACUAACACCUUCGUGGAGGGCAGUGUCGAAUUAGGCUAUCCGAUCAAUGAUUACAACGGACCUAAUCCAGUCGGAGCAUCAAUCGAACAACUUUAUAUCAACAACGGUAGGAGACAAGAUAUGGGUAGCGUUUUUGUAACGCCAUACCGUAACAGAGCUAACCUUAAAGUACUAAUCGAAAGUUAUGUCACUAAAAUCGAAAUUAACCCCUACUCCAGAGUGGCUCAAAGCGUAAUCUACACCAGAUCAGGUGUGAGAUACAGAGCAAGAGCUUCAAAAGAAAUCAUAUUAUCCGCUGGUUCCAUAGGAAGUCCACGGACUUUGAUGUUGUCCGGAAUCGGUCCUAGACGCCACUUGGAAAAAGUAGGAAUAGAUGUGAUCCAAGACCUUGAAGUUGGUAGCGGUCUUAAAGACUAUGCUGUUGCUGGAGCUUUAAUCUUCUCGACAAAUGUAACCCGUCCCGUGGACUAUUAUAAAGACUGGGUUCAGGACUAUCUUAAGGGCGAAGGAGAUUUAACAGGAGUUAGCAGAGCUCAAGCUAUCGGCUUCUACCCUCUAAAAUCUUGUAACAAGCUAAUACCAACUGUAAGACUCAUGUCUGAUAUAACUUUACCAUCAAGUGGUGUGCAGAAAUAUAUGGACUUUACUACUGAAAAUACAAAGGCCUCCUGGGGUACUAAUAAAAAUGCUGUAGUCUUCGAACUGGGGUUGCUAAAUCCUAAAUCAAGUGGUACUAUUAGACUCAAAAACAGUAAUCCUUUCGAAUACCCAUUGAUUAAUCCCAGGUUCCUUUCCGACGCACAUAAUAAAGAUAUUGACAUGCUCUAUGAGGGAAUUAAACUGGUUUUUAGGUUGAAAGAUACAUUAGCUUACAAGAAAAUACAAUUGACUUACAACGGAGCUCCUCUGCCAGCUUGCACUAAACAUACCUUUCUUUCUAAGAGCUAUUGGUACUGUUUCUUAAGACAGGUUACAUUAGCCGGUGGAUUUCCUACUGGUACCUGCCCUAUAGGAGUAAAUAGGGAAAAAGGAGCUGUUGUAGACUCAAAGUUGAGGGUGAUAGGAAUUUCUCGUUUACGUGUAGCUGAUGAAAGUGUAUUUCCUAGACCAUUAUAUGGUACUGCAAGCAUUCAAGCUACUGUCGUUGGAGAGAAAUUGGCUGAUGAUCUCAAGAGGCAGUAUUAA